GCCAGCAGGAGGCGGGAAAGCAGCUACGAGCCGGUUGGCCAGCCGCCAUUAAAACUCCAGGAAGAGGAAGAAGACAUCAACACGUCGGUGGUGUUUGUUCAGAGUUUAGCUUCAAACUGUUGACUUUACACUAAAAAUAGAAGUUUAUAUCAGCUAACCGACGGUCUGUGAAGUUAUGAUAGUAACGGACAUGUAACUGUCGAUGACUUUCACUCCUAAAGUUGUCGAUAAGACGGUUAUCUCGACAGCUAACGUCCCGUGUUAGCGUUAGCGUUAGCUUAGCUUAGCUCCGGUUGGGAAAUGGUACCGACAAGGAUGCGGCCCCCCAUGGGUCCGCCGGGCGAUGACGGUCCUCCGUUCGACAUGGGUCCGCCGGGCUGGGGUCCUCCGCCGCCGGGAGGUUGGGGCCCUCCCCCGCCGGGGGGCUGGGGCCCUCCGCCGCCCGGUGGAUGGCCUCCGCCGCCGGAGGAAUGGGGGCCACCUCCACCCGGAGGUUGGGGCCCUCCUCCCCCGGGAGGAUGGGACCCCAGAGGUGGGCCGCCGGGCUGGGGACCAAGAGGACCGUCGCCUCCGCCUGGCUGGGGCCCUCACCCGGACGACUGGAGACCUCCUCCCCCGGACGACUGGGGACCCCCACACCCCGAUGAUUGGAGACCUCCACACCCGGACUGGAGACCUCCACACCAGGACUGGAGACCACCGCACCCGGACUGGAGACCUCCACACCCAGACUGGAGACCUCCGCACCCAGACUGGAGACCUCCAGGCUGGGGACACCCUGGUUGGGAUCCUGAAUGCCCCCCUGAGCCUUGGGGACCGGAGACUGGACCCCCAGGACCUGUACCACCGAUCCCUCCUCCGGGGAUGCCUCCACCUGUCGGGAUUCCUCCGCCUGUUGGGCUCCCUCCUCCGGUCGGGAUUCCCCCUCCGGACCCUGCAGUCUUCGGCCCGGUGCCCAUACCCCCACCCUGCGGCCCUCCGCUGCCGUACCAAGCCUACCCUCCGCCGGGCUGGACAGGAGAGACCAUUGUGGAGGAGCCGAUGCCCAACCCACCCCCUGAUCAGCCUGAGUGGAUUAAAGCUCUGAUUUCAGCCCCCCCCAGCGAGUCCACUGUGGCUGAAACUAAGUCCUCCUCAGAGGAGCCGGCCGCCCCUAAACCUGCUGCUGCUGAACCUCCGGCCGCCCCCAAACCCAAACCUAAACCGGACACGGCCCGGGCGCUCGGCCUGCUGGGAAAACGCACCUUUGAUAAGCCUCCUCCAGGCAGGUCAACAGGGAUCAUCUCUUUCAUCGGGCCGACGUUCGGCUACAUUGAGAGAGAAGAUCUGGAGAAGUUCACCUUCAGUUUCUCCGUCUUCUUUGGGAACCCCAAAGCCAUGAAGCCCGGGGUCAGAGUUCACUUCACCGCCUGCAAGGAGAAGAAGGCGCUGAUAGCCACGGACGUGAAAGUGGCGCCGGGUGGAACGGAGAACGUGGACACGGAGAUCUACGAGGCGGUGGUCAGCCAGCCAAUCACAGAGCCUCAGCCCGGCGAGCGGCAGUACCCGGGCCAGGUGCACGUGGACAUCGGGCCGCUGCGGACCAACCUGACGUUCGACAGGAAGGACAGCACGGUGACGCUGCUGCAGAACGACCAGGUGCUCAUCAACCUGCUCACAGACAUCGUCACGGAGAAGAGGAGGGCCACCAACAUCAAGCCCAAGAUCCCCUCAACGUUCAGCCACACUGGGGAGGCCAGGGACCAGGGCGUCAUCGUGAGCCUGAAAGACGGCGAAGGCGUCAUCAAGUCGGACAAACACGGCGAGAUUUCCUUCGACGUCAAAGAGAACUUCAGCGACGUCGAGUUCACCACCGAGGACGUCAACGAGGAAGUCGAGUUCACCGUGCUGGAGCUGAAAGCGGGGAAGCGAGCCAUCAGGAUCCGGCGAGUGAAGGAGCCUCUUCUGUUGACGCUCUCCGCCGCCACGGCGGCCGCCGCCGCCGCCGCCGAGGAGGCCGCCGCCACGGCUGCUGCCGCCACGGCUACCACCACCACCACAGCCCUGAACACAGAGAAGGAAGAAGAGACUUUGUUUAAAGAGAUGGCCAAGAUCAGGCCGGAGCUGGGGGUCAACAUGAAGCUGGACCCAGAGCUGUACGAGGGCAUCGUCAGCCAGACCAUCAUCGAACCCACCCCCAACAUGCCGGGUUACCCGGGUCAGAUCCACGCCAACAUCGGCCCCGUGAAGACUAACGUUACCUUCGACCACCGCGACUGCGGCGUCACGCUGCUGAAGAACGACCACGUGCUGAUCAACCUGCUGGUCGACAUGGUAACCAGGAAGAGGAGGGCGGCCAACAUCAAACCCAAAAUCCCCUUCACCUUCAGCUACACCAAAGAGAAGAGAGAGCUGGGCAUCAUCACGUUUCUGGGACCGGACGAAGGAAUCGUGAACUCGGAGGAGCACGGCGAGCUUCCCUUCGACAUCUGCGAGAACUUCAGCGAGGUCAGGUUCAACUCCAGCGACAUCCACAAGGAGGUGCAGUUCACGCUGGCCACGGUGAAAGGCGAGCAGCGAGCGAUCCGCCUGAUGCGGACGAAGAAGGCCGGAGACCCGAUCCUGGAGGAGCAGAAGAGACGGGAAGAGGAGGAGAAGAGGAAGAGGAAGGAGGAGGAGGAGAGGAGGAAACUAGAGGAGGAGGAGAGGAAGAGGAGGGAGGCAGAGGAGGCUCAGCGACAGAAAGAAGCAGAGAAGAAGAAGAAAGAGGAAGUGGCCGCCGCGCUCGCUGCAGCCAAAUGCAAAUGGACUCCGCUCGGCUUCAUGAUCAGAAACCCCGACUCGAAGGACGAGCUCAGCAAGGAGCGCUUCGAAGGCACCGUCCUCAAAGCCGUCUCCAAAUAUCCCCGAAAAGAGAUCAAGAAGGAGCCCGAGGACAGCAGCCGCCCAGCUGCACCGGUGAAAAGGGAAGCGGAGGAGACGCCGGAGGAGAGAGCAGACGCUGCCAGAGGACCGGAGGGAAAGGUGGAGGUGAAGAAAGAGAAGGAGGAGGAGGAAGAAAAGGAGGGUAAGAAGGAGCAGUCUGCUGCAGAGACGGGUCGGCUGGUGAUGACUGUCGACGGAGAACAGAAGCAGCUUUGCUUCGGCCCCGACGACCUGCUGAGCACCUCCACCAUGCUGGACGGAGACCAGGUGCGCUUCAACAUCGCCACCAAUCAGGAGACCAAAGAGGAACGAGCGACAUUCGUGGAGAUCCUCCCAGCCUCCUUCGAAGAGUCCACGGAGCAACGAAGACACGGCAUCGUGAUCGAGUUCAUGGAGGACUCGGGGCUCAUCAAGUGCGCCCAGAACCCUCAGCUCUACUUCCACAUGUCGGAGGUGAUCGAGAAGAAGAAACUGGAGCUGAACGAGAAGGUUGAGUUCAGCGUCGUCCCGCAUGAAACAGCGGAGGGGGGGAACCAGGCCAUCAGGAUCAAACGUUUCACCGAGAGCGUUUUUCUUCCCGUUCGGAAAUUGGGCGGCGUCGGGGCGAGCAAAGGAAAGAUGACUAUCAAGCUGGCGAAAGCUUCAGAAGACACUGAGAAAGAAAAACCCGAGACAGACAAGCUGAAGGCGGUGGUGAAAAAUCUUAGAACGCAGGACAGCAAGACCAAUAUCGGCAGAAGGGAUAACGGCGCCCCUCGGCGUAGAUAUGGCAGAAGUAGGAGCAGGAGCCCGAGUAGGAGCAGAGGUAGAAGUAGAAGUAGAAGCAGAAGUAGGAGCAGGAGUCCGCCAAGAGACCAUUUUGGACGCAUCCUCAAAAAGAGGCGCAGCCCCAGCGUUGACCGUGACCGUAAAAGCAGCAGGUACAGGCGCAGCCGAAGCCGAGAGAGAUCGAACAGGCUCACUAGGAGCCGUACUAAGAGCCGAAGCAAAAGCUCCAGCAGGAGUCGCAGCAGGAGCCGGGAGAGAAGCAAAGACAGAGGCGUCAAGAAGAGGAGCAAGAUCAGCAGAGAGCGCGAGGAGAGUUACAAGAGGAGGAGGGAGUUAAGCCCUCCGCCCAGACGAGGCGUAGUCGUGGACGACGAACUAGCGAGGAAGAAGCGCGAGCUGGAAGAGCUAAACGACAUGAUUGCGUACAAAAAGUCGCUUGUGGACCCUGGACAGAGAACCUGCAUCGACUACGACCAUGGCAGGAUCGCCGUCCCACUAACGGAGUACAAACCAGUCCGGUCCAUCCUGAAGAAACGACCCGAGGGGCCCGAUUACCUUGAUCGUCCACCUCAGCCCUAUGACGAUCCUUAUUAUGACCGUCCGUACGCUCCCUACCCAGAUCGGCGAUACGAUGAUCGCUACGCUGAUCCGUACGCCAGUUGUUCUUACACUGAUCUCCCUUACGCUGAUCGACCCUACAGCGACCGCCCUUACGAAAAGCCACUCUAUGCUGAACCUUCCUAUGGUGCCCCUCCAUCUGCCGGCCAACGUUACACCGAUCGCUAUAGUGUUUAUGAGGAACCCUUAGAUGAUCGCUACUAUGACCCAGCAUAUCCAGGGAGACCUUAUGAUGUUUCCGUCAAACGCAGCCGGUCUCCAGAACCCCACGGUCCCUCACCUUCUUCUCAAGUUCCUGUUGCCUCCACCCAACCACCCUUGACGCAUAUUGCUGCCAUUUCAUCUUCCCAAUCCUCUUACAGACCUCCUUCUCCCAGAGAACUGCCUCCUAGAAGCCCCUCACCCAAACCGAAGCACACAACAGCACACAUGGCACCUCCAGCUGUGAAACAACCCCUUGAUCGCUUCCUUGACAUGCUUAAUAAAAAGGUGGAUGCUGACAAGAAAUCCGAACCUGUACCGGUUUCUGUACCUGUCCCUGUACCGGUUCAUGUGAAUGAUGACCUUCUGCCUCAUGAGCGGGCAGUUCAAGAUGGCAGGGGUUUCUCUCGGAUUGUGGGAUUUUCUCAAGAGCAACCCAGCAGCAGUCUAGCUCUAGAAGGGACAAAGUCACAGCUAAGUCCUAAAAGGUCCUCUGUAGAGAGAACAGAUGAGGAACCUAAGACCAAGACAGAACCCUACGACAAGAUCCAAAGUCUACUCCGUACGAUUGGCCUGAAGCUAAGUACAGGAGAUAUGUCCAAACUAGCGAGCCGGGCCCAGGAGAAAAUCUACAGCCCAAAGUCCCAAUCCACAGAAAGAGAGACGUCAUCAGCAAGGGAAGACCUGCAAACAAGAAGACCAGGUUCCAUUGAAUUGGAACAUACCCAUAGCCAUUCCCCUUCGCCUGCCAGAUCCUCCAGUUUGGAGCCGCUUAGCAGGUCUCAAGCUGUCUCAGAGUACGAAGGAUUCCUUGACCAGCAGGAAUUGGAGGCACUAAAGAAGGCGCAACAGCUGCAGAGUCUUACAAAGACUUUGGGGAGCACACCCUCCUCCACUCCGAAACCACCCCCUGGGCCUCCGCCUGCACAAUACCAACUUCCACCCCUACCAACCAACUGGCCCCUUGGAGUCUCUACCCAGAUUCCUCCAGAACAGACCGCCACAAUCCCAGAAACACCCCAGAUAUUUGGGCUUCCUGCAGGACCUCCCCCUGGACCUCCUCCACGGCAUCCCGGGCAGCCUCCUCCAGGACCUCCUCCUGGACCUCCACCCCGGCGCCCUCCCGGACAACCUCCUUUCGCUCCACCCUCCAGCCAUGCGGUAUUUCCUUUUAUUAGCAAGCAUCCUGUAACUUCACCUUCCUCCAGUUCUUCAACACCGCCAUCUUCUACACCGACAUCAAGUGCUGCUAAUGAUAACCAAGCAACCAUCUCUACGACCGUGGCCAGAUGCCUGAAGGUCAUAGAGACGGUGAAAUCUCUGGCUGUGCAGCCACCGGCCAAACCGGUGAAAUCUGUCCAGUUCAGUUUACCCACAGUCUCUCCAUCAGACUCGAGUCCUCAGACUUCAACAGAGACGGACGAUGACAUAAAGACCAAGCAGAAAGAGAAGCUGGAUUCAUAUCACCAGAGGGUUUUGGAAAAGAGAGAGCAGCACUACAAGGAUUGGCUAGUCCGCAGGAAACAGAAAGAUGGUCCACCGGUCUUCCCAGGCAUCCCAACCGGCGAGCCCAAGAACAUUUGGAUCUGCGGUCAUUCGCUGGUGUACUGGGCGGAGUCUCGGGCCAAGUCUCCGGAGGUAGGUAUGCAGCUGGGCAUGGACUCCAGCAAGGUGGCGGUCUGGUGGAAAGGCACCCAGGGCAUGACGUGGUCACAGCUUCUGCCCCAGCUACACCAACUGAAAGUCACCUGGCCCAACCCAGACGUACUCAUCAUCCACCUGGGGGGCAACGACCUGAGCACCGACAGCCCCACGGACCUUCUGGCGUCGGUCAAGAAGGAUCUCACUUCCAUGCGGAGCAUAUUCCCGCAUUGUGUCCUCGUGUGGUCCAACAUCCUGCCUCGCAGGGUGUGGCGCCACUCGUCCGACAGCCACGAAGUCGAUCUGGUUCGAACCACGGUGAACCGUCGGAUUCAAAACGUUAUCUCGGAACUCGGCGGUACAUCGCUGACGCACGAUAACAUCCGCUGCGGCGCGAACACGGGCCUGUACCGGGCCGAUGGGGUCCAUCUGUCCCCCAAAGGCAUCGACGUCUUCAAUCUGAACCUGCAGGAUUUUCUGGAGAAGUGGGAGAUGGAGACGAACUAGAGGAAAGUUAAGAGCUGCAUUGAUUAUUUUCUGUUUUGUGUUGUGUAUUUCUAAUGAUAGCUAGGAACUAGCAACUUUAAUCAAGCUACUAAAACUCCAGCUAUAAUGUAUCCCGUCUUGUUUGUAGUUAUAUUUUAACACGUAGGAUCUUCAGGUACAGGCUGUUAUACAUGAAAAACAUGUUUGUCUGUCUUGAAACAAUAAAUUGAGUCUCAACGGA